AUGCAACUUCGAGAUCAGAUGCAAGCUCUGGCUGUCACAACCCCACACAACUUUUCGUGCGCAAUAUGCAUGGAAGAACAGCCUGUCGACAACAGCGUGUAUCUUGAAUGUAAUCAUCUGAUAUGCAGAGCUUGUACCCGAGGACACGUUUGUUCGAAGAUCGAGGAACAUCGCUUUCCAGUCUUGUGUCCCGUGUGCAUGGCAGAACCGAAUAACCAUCGACCUGGAGCGAUCUCAGGAUUCCUCGUUCAACAAAUUGGUGUCGAUGAGCGGCAAUAUGCGAUUUGGGAGGAUAUGGAAUUAAGCCAGCUUUCAGUUCUCCUUCACUGCCGCCAAUGUCGGCGUUCGGUGUCCGUAGACAAAGAGGAGCACGAAGAAUCUCGCCUCCUGUCUUGUCCUCUACCCGAUUGCAACCAUAUCUGGUGCAAAGCGUGCCAGAAAUCGAUUACUGUUGGCGAUCCUCCACAUUCUUGUGACGGAGCCUCAGAACUGGACCAUUUAAUGAAGCAGCACGGGUGGAAAUACUGUCCAAACUGUAAAACACCGGUCCAGAGGGAUGGGGGAUGCAGCCAUAUGACUUGCAUCUCGCCGGGCUGCAACACUCACUUUUGUUACGCUUGUGGGGAACACAUCGUUCGCAGCGCCUUGCGAGGUGAGAUUCAGAACGCCAUAUCUGUACACUAUAGUGUUUGUAAAUUGUUUGAUUUUCCGGAUGAGGCGCUUGGCGGUGGGGAAUAA